AUGGAUGAAGACCACUCGGAUAAGGAGAACCUCGCGCCUCCCACCACCGAUGUCCCCUACCCAGCUCCACCCCUCCCCCUCAACUCCAAAGGAAACAUCUUCAAGAAACAACUCGCCAUCGACACGCACUAUGAACAUCACGCAUCUCCCGCCAAAACUUCCUCAAACCUCGCCCGCAAACGCCAGAAAUUGGGAGCGUUGAGCAACACUCCCCCACGGCCUUCGUAUGCCUCACAGAUGAGCAAGAUCUUCGCGGGGAGGACUGCCACGAAGAAUGAAGUCCCCACGCCGCCGGGGAUUCCGGAGGAUGCGAUGAAGGUGUUUAAUCACUUCAAGCAAGCGCUGCGAUGCGAGUCGAGUAGGGAGGAGAUUGGUUCACGAGAGCAGGGGAAAGACGACGACGACGGAACUUCAGAUUCCUCAAGCGCCUCAGACGCGCACAGCAGCUCAGGCGAGACAGCUGACUACAAAAACCACCUACGCACCGGAUCAGGACAAUCCACCAUCCCCCUCCUCCAACAAGAUCCUCCCACCAGAGCCGUCGACUCAGACCCCUUCGCCGGCCCCUCCCCGUCCUCGCACAACAGCCUCUCCUCCAUCUCCGAAACCACUCUCGCCGAGCUCAAAGCAGCCACAGCUCGCUCCUGGCCCUCUUCGCCCCUCCCAACCAACGCCCUCGAACGCGCGAUUCAUGCGUCCUUCCCUCCGACACCCUCACGAGAGGAGAGGCGCAGGACACUGAAUAUAGAUUUGAGGAAUACGCCGCCUCCGCCUCCACCGCCGUGUGUUGAGGCUGAGCCGAAAUCGGCGUCAUCGUCAACGGAGUCCUGGACGGGCGAUGAGCUCUUCUUCCCUCGGCUCCAGACCCAAAACCAAAACCAGCAGACAUCCCCAAUCUCCGUCUGCGUACCCUCACCAGCCAGAACAACCGCGCCCUCGCCCUCGCCGACAUCCCCCCUCGCGUCUCCCUGGGCGCCCUCGUCGACCACCACCCCCAACUCAACCUCCCGACCCUCGGUGCGGUUCUUCUCGCCCCUCCGCGCGAUCCGUCCGAAGAAUCGCUUCCACGUCCCCGUCGUGAGGAGUCCGAUGGGCCAGGGCGUGCCGUUGUGUAUGGAGGACCAUCCGGAGAGUGGAGGGAGUGAUGCUGAUGAUGAGGAUGAGGAUGGGGCCAGUGGGAGGGAGGUGAGCGAUUGA